AAUAUCCAGGAAAAAAUCGACUUUGAGACUCGGAUGCGGGAAGGAAUCUGCAAACUUCUUGUUGCCUCCACCCAACGGGAUCAGGUGCUGCAUGCUGCGAAAAAUCUGCUAACCUGUAAUGCUCGAAUCCGCAGUUACGUGGCUGAGGUACAGAGGUGUACUGAGGAACAAACCCUGCCCAAAGUGAUAGGGAGGUUGUCAGACACUGAAAUAAAACAGCAUUCAGCAUGUUCUGGAAAAGUUGCAAUAUCCGAUAUUCGAAUUCCAUUAAUGUGGAAAGACUCUGAUCACUUCAACAACCGAGGCAAGAGCCCACGUUUUGCCGUGUUUUGCUUGGUGAAGAUUCAUACUCAGAUUUUUGACACCGAGAUGGUUAUUGUGGAUAAGACACUUACUGACAUCUGCUUUGAGAAUCUGAUGAUUUUUGAUGACAUGAAGCCAGAUUUCGAGUUGAAGUUGGAAGUGUAUAGUUCCUGCAUGGAGGAGGGGAGUUCAAUUAUGAAUACUCCGAAGAGACUAGCCCGAAAACUCAGCACCUCUCUCAGCAGAUCAACAGGAAAGAGACUCACAUCUGCUCUGGAGAAUGGAGACCUUAACUCCCUCCUACUCGCCAACCCAGUAGCUGUUGGUACCAAAUAUUUUCUGCUUGCAGAAGCCACACUUAAACUUGAUGAUGUUGAAGACAGUUUCCGAACUCACAGUCUCACCAUCCUGGGAAAUGAGGAAUCUUCUUUUUGGUUGCCCUUAUAUGGAAAUUUGUGCUGCCGAUUAGUAGCUCAACCAGCAUGCAUGACCAUGGACGUGAUGACUGGGUACCUCAAUCUGGAGCAAAUGGUAGGAGGCCAGUCUAACUGGACGAGGCUAUACUGUGUCUUGAGAAGUGGCUAUCUCACGGUAUAUUACUCUCCUGAAGAAAUCGAGGCACGAGUGGAUCCCAAAUUGAAAAUAGCUAUUGAUAAGGAAACAAGAAUCCGUGCCAUGGGCAAAGGUUCAAGGAUAAGGACGCACUGCUUCUCUCUCAUCAACCCCUACAGUGGUGAGACAGCUAGUCGCGUGUUUGCUGCAGACUGUAAAGAUGAUCUACAGCAGUGGAUGGAAGCUUUCUGGCAGCACAUUGGUGAUAUAAGCCAGUGGAAGCAUUGUUGCAAAGAGCUUAUGAAAAUUGAGAUUAUGUCACCACGGAAACCACCUUUAUUCCUCACAAAACAAGCCACUUCAGUCUACGACGAUAUGAAUGUGCAGUCUCCUCAGAAAGAUGAGAGUCUGGUGGAUAUUAUCCGGAAUCGAAUCCAGGAGACAGAUGGAGAGUUCUUGUUCACUAAGCAGGAGCUAUCUGAGCCCCCUCGGUGGGCAGCCCUUUUUGAUGGCAGCCAUGACAUAGUUGUCCAGAGAAAUGUCCUGACACCAGAUGGCAGCAACAAGCUUGCCCUAAUAUCACCAGGGAAAGCCAAGAAGAGGCCGGCACCCCCUCCACCUGUGGGAAAACAGCCAUUCCAUCUAGGGGACCUCCACCCAGAACGGUGCCAGAAAGAGAACACCUGGAGAGUCCCAUGUCUUUCUGAUGUAGGGUCUGAACUGCCCUCUUCCCUGGAUGAUACAACAGUCUUGGCUCCUCCCAGACAACGGUCAGCAAAUCAGGCUGAAGAUGUGGCCCAGGUAGUAACUAAGUUGGACCAGCCUGAUAGACCUGUGCCUCCUCACCGUCAGAAAAGAUCCAUUAAAGCAAAGCUUGAUCCCAGGAGCUGGAUUCUGUCUCAAAUGUAGAACGAGAAAUGGACUUCUUAGUACCUGGAAAUGAUGGGAAAUGCAGAUAGUUUCUCUUGUGUAGUUGUACAAAGUAUCUCUUUGGGAUCUCUUGGUUAAAGAUCACCAUUUGCGUUUAAUGUGGCCCAUCAAGGAGCCAGUCAUCAGCCUGAAUUGUUAAAUUUUUUUGCCAGGUAUUACACUGUCAAAAUCUCUCCUAGCAUAGUUAGCAAAGAACUUAGCGCCAUUUCUCCUGCACUAAAGUAAUUAUACUUAAGUGAAUUUUUGUCCAACUAUCUUUCCCAUUCUAACUUUCACAUGAGCAAAAGGUUUGUCGCAGUUAAAAUAGUGUUAACUUCGGCACCAAAUAGUUCAAUGAGGAAAACAAAUUCAAAUAGUCGAUUUGUUUUCUGAGCUUCUCUAUGUUGACUGAGAAGAAUGUCUAUAUAGCAGUAGAGGGAAUUCAGAAGAUUGUAUUUUGUUUCCAUUUAAUUUUUGGAAACUGCUGGCAGCUCAUGGGGAUCCCAGAUUUCUUUGACCAAUUAUAUUUUGUUGUUUUUAUUUUGUUUUCAAUGUAGGGUAGGAUUAUUAAAGCAAUAAAAUAGUUCAGCUGGUAUGAGCAGUUUUUAUUACUGGUUAUUAAUCCAUAACUGAAGCUUAAAUGAAAACUUUACAAAAUGAAGCCCUGCAUCUCCUCUACCCCUCCCAAUUUUUUUCUUUUAUUUCCUAAUCCUUUUUUUGGAAGAAAGACUUUUUUUUUUAAAAUCUCCUUUCUCAUCCUGAAGAUGACACAAUGUGUUUUAUUGUAAAUCAAUAUUUUAUAAUGUUGGAAAUGGAGCAGUUCAUUUGCACACAGAAGACUCGAACAAAUGCCACUGUGAAAAUGAGCAUGUAGUCUGUCCAGGGAUAAAUGUUGACCAGCAGAUCAGGGAGAAUUCCCCUGCUCUUCAACAUAGUGGUUUUCAAGUUGCACCGAAGAAAGCAGAACCCUCAAGCGAGCCAAAACAUGGCAUCUUUGAGAGUGCUGCACUCCCUCAGUACUGAAUUAAGAUUGUAUUAUGUACAUAAACUUCUGGAGAAGAACUUGAGCCCAUUAUUUUUCUUUAUUCAGUCAUGGAAUGAUAUUGUUGUUGGGCCAGCAUUUGUUGCCAAAUCCUCGUUGCCAUUGAGAAGGUAGUGGUCAACCACCUUCUUGGACUGCCGUAGUCCAUGUGGUGUAAAUACACUCUGUUAGGGAGAGGGCUCCAUGAUUUUAACCCUGUGACAGUGAAGAAACAGCUAUAUAUUUCCAAGUCAGGAUGUUGUGUGACUUGGAAGGGAACUUGCAGGUGGCGCUGUUCCCAUGCAUCUAUUGUUAUCUAUUGUUCUCGUUCUUGGUGGUAGAGGUCACCGGUUUGGGACGUGCUGUUUAAGAUGUGAGAGUAGAACCUACAAGCUACAGCUGGCACCUCUAACAUUUUCUAUCCAUUGAAAUGCUCUACUCAUCCAUCUAGGGAGGACCUUUGGCACAGGGUAUAGUGCCCCAGCCUUUAAACUAGAAGCUCCAAGUUCAAUUCCUCCUCCAGGACCUGUUGGCCAUGGAAAGAGCCAGAGAACAGGUUGAUAAUCCUUCCAAUCCACCCCACGACAGGCACUGAGAGUCGGAGAAAUUCCUGGUUAGCCAUGCCUGCAAAUGUAGUGGUGUCUUCAAGCUUUAACCGCUUGCCUAUCUGUCUGUCAACAGAUUAUUGCAUGCAGUCCACUGAAAGAGAGAGAUGUCUAUGUCAUCUUGCAGACUUUGGCUAAUUUUGGCACACUUAUCAUCUGUUUUGCUCAGUCAAUGUGUGCUGCUGUCCAUUUUGGAAACGGAUCUGAAUCUCACAUCCUUGCCUUUUGUUUAGUUGCUAAAACUAAUUCCAAAGGCAUGAAUUCCAGCAAUCUGAAGCUCAAUUAUAUUUUUCUGAUUUUGAGCAUCAGAUACCAAACACUGCAGAUCACAUACUGAUCAUGUCAGUAGAGGCCUGCUGCAGUGUUGCACAGGGCCUCAGCACAAGCUCAAAGAGCAACAUCUCAUUUUCUGCAGCCUCUAAUACUCAAUAUUCAGUUCAAAAACUUUAGAGCCUGAUUCCAUCCUUCCAUUUUUUUUAAGCCACCCCAUCCCCAGUCUUGUUGUGAUAUGGGUUUCUUUUAACACAGUCACCUAUUCCCACAUACUCCUAGUCCCAUUAUCACGUAACCUAUUUUCUCACACUUGGCUCUUAUUAUUUCUUUGUUAGCUUUUCUUCUGUCCUGGCUGCUAUCCAUUAUGUUCUUGUUUACCUACCCCUUUCAUAUCUCUCUCUUGCUGGGCUCCAGUUCCACCUAUCCAUUCACCUCUCCCCUUUGCCCUCCUUUCCCCCACUUCAGCUCCAGCAUAAAUGCCAGUUUUUUUCUGAUCACAUUUUAUGUUGUUGUCAGAGACCCAAAAGUUUGUUUGUUCUUUAUUGUGAGGAAAGGGGAGAUGAGUAUUUUAGCUGCCAGCUCCUAUCCAAUAUUCUUUCCUCAUCUGUUACAGUUGCCCUCCUGUUCCUUUAUCAUAUUAAUCAUUGGCUUUGAUUGACAAAUUUUGAUUGUAGGAGCAUGAGCUUGCAGUUGACCUGACUGCUGACCACCUGGUUGCCAUUCUUGAUAAUCCACUGGAAAUCUGGGUCUCAUUCUCUGAUCCAGAUCCCCUGCGGGAGUAUUUUGCCCAAUAUGUUGGUAAACGUAUAUAGAUAUUGACAUAUGUAUAAUCAGUCAUGAUCUUGCUGAAUGGUAGAGCAAGCUGAAGGAACCUACUCCUAACUCAUAUUCAUGUGCACAUCCAUAUAUGUUGAACUACAUUUACAAAAUGUAUCUACUCACUGCCCUCCCCUGCCAUAUUUUUUUUCUCACAUUAAUCAUGUUUGUGACACAUCCUAAUUUAGUAUCUGUGAAUUUUUAUAUUUUUUAGUCACGUUUUUACCAGUAACAAUUGUUAGUGAUAUUUAUAGAAUGAAUAAUUUAAAUUGUUGCUGUAUUUUUUUGAUGCUUGGAUCUGAUGUCAGAUGCCAGCAACUACUUUCAAAAAAUGGGCUCCUAUGUUCUACCAGUGUGAAUCAGAAUUAUAGUUAUUAUAUCAUGACCAUUGGGCUAGAAUUUGCUGCAGGUGAACACUGCCAUUGGGUAUUUGUCAAUAUUUGCCUCUUCACCCUUCAAGUCAAAGAAUGUUUACCCACAGGAAUGUACAAUCUGAUAACACAGUGAGGGAAGCAGGGUUUUUAGGACCUGAGUGAACAUAGCAACCAAUAUGUUGUCUCCAUAACUAAUCAGGAUAGGGAAAUAAAUGGUGAAGGAUAGAAGGUGAUGAAUUAGAAUUCAAUGUCAAAGAUACAAAAGGAGAAGUAGAGAAUGAGAAAAGAAAGAAAGGUGAGAAAAAAGUUUAAAAAUUGGCCUAAAAAAUCCUGAAAAUUUCAAAACCUGACAAAUAUAACACUCCUAUAAUUAAUGUAAUGAAGCUAGGCUAAUGCAAAAUAAUGAUUUUUAAUCUACUAGUUGGAAAUAUUAGUCGUACUUUUAAUAUGUUUUUAAAAGGCUGCUAAUGCCUUGAACUCAGCCAAGAUAGUCAUUAUAUUUGCAUUACUGUACACUCCACAUUCCAUCCUCAUUGAGAUAGAAAUGGUGCGUCAGCAAAACCCAUCCAAGACAAUAACUUCAAGAGAGUUUAAAGGAUUCCCAUCUCCUUUGAAAGGCAUCUAUGGCAAUCAUCUGAAGUGUUUAAUAAUUGGAGACAGGCCAUUAAGAUAAUGGUUGGACAAUGGGACCUUGGCUAAAUUAUUUUCCAGACAUGAGCAAAUCAUGUUGCCCUUGUCUUUUUUUUAAUCCCCUGGUAGUUGGAAAAGGGAGGGCACAUGACAAGCCAAUCCUUUGUAUGUUUAAAGUAUGUGUUUUCUAAGUAAAAAUGAGGACAAAGGUGGAGGAAGAAGUCUUAAUUGGGGUGCCUCCUGCCUCCUGUCUCUCUGUCUCAGUCCAUCAAACCUGUAAGUUUUUGGACCCAGCUUGACGUUCCCUCCAAAUACAGCAGAGAUUUUAAAGGAAGAACUCCUCACAGUGGUUUCUCCAGGAGAACUGCCUCAAUACUGAAAGCAGAAAACCAUUGAGUUAUCAAACUUAUGCACUGUAUACCCUCAAUCUAUCCCUACCCACUCUAUAAUCUUGUGUAUAUGUGUGAAAGUCGGUGCAUGUUUUGUUAUUUUACUUAAAUUGGUUUAAAUAAAGUAAUCUUAACUUUCUUUGCUAAAUUCAAGAAAAUCUAUCCAAUUGAUUCUUUUAUGAUCACACCAUAUUAGAUGCUCGCUGAUUUGGCAAGUAUAACAUUUACAAACAAGUCUGUUGCAGUCGAACAAGGAGAGGGCAAAGUGGGAAAGCCAUUUUACUCCUCCUCAAUGAUUGUAAUAUCUACCAUGUGAAUACUACAAACAUGUCCAGGUAAUGUCAGCUGGUUAUGACUGAUGUUUAAGAAAGUUAAAGAUUGUAAGUUAAAAUGGCUUCUGGAAUACUUUAUAUACAUUUAGCGCUUGUCAGUGGUGGGCCUGACAGUGAGUUGCUGCUUACCCAAAAUGUUGACAGAGCAGCUUAGAGGGAUUUGAGCUUAAUCAUAUAUCAACCCAUCACCUGAAACUGGCACCAUUUGUACUAGAAAAUAGAAAUUGUCUUAACAGCAAAUUCUGACCCAUGGUGAUGAAAAGUACAUGCUGAACUACAAAAGUAUGUGUUGAACAACUAGGAGAAAACUUAGUUGUCAGCAAAGCAUGAAUGAAGGGAAAAUGUGUUUCAGUAUCUUUUGAUGUAUAAGUUUUUACAAUUAAUACCUUUCAGUUUC